AUGGGUACUUCUAUAAAACUCAGUACAGGAGCUCGCAUUCCGAUAGUUGGAUUGGGAACAUGGAGGGCACCAAAGGGUCAGGUUGCAGAGGCUGUGAAAACAGCCAUCCAGUCAGGCUAUCGCCACAUUGAUGCUGCCCAUAUCUACCAGAACGAGGAUGAGGUUGGAGAGGGUGUGCGUGCCAUGAUAGAGCAGGGUGUGGUGAAGAGAGAAGAUGUCUUUGUCGUCAGCAAGCUGUGGUGCACAUUCCACCAGAAGUCUUUGGUUAAAGGAGCCUGCAAGAAGACCCUGAGUGUCAUGAAACUGGACUAUCUGGACCUCUAUCUAAUGCAUUACCCUAUGGGUUUUCAGCCUGGAGACGAUUUGUUCCCCAUGGAUGAAAAUAAACAAGUCAUUCCUGAUGACAGUAACUUUCUGGACACCUGGGAGGCAAUGGAGGAGCUUGUGGAUGAAGGACUGGUCAAAGCCAUUGGCAUCUCCAACUUUAACCACCAGCAGAUUGAAGCCAUUCUGAACAAGCCAGGUCUCAAAUAUAAACCUGUCAACAACCAGAUUGAGUGCCAUCCCUACCUGACUCAGGAGAAGCUGAUUAACUUCUGUCACUCUCAUGACAUCUCAGUGACAGCAUACAGUCCUCUGGGCUCCCCAGACAGACCAUGGGCAAAACCUGGUGAACCAACUCUGCUGGAGGACCCAAACAUAAAAGCCAUUGCUGAAAAACAUAAAAAGACCACUGCUCAGGUCCUUAUACGCUUCCUUAUCCAGAGGAAUGUAGUGGUUGUCCCCAAAUCCGCUAACCCCAACCGAAUCAAGGAAAACUUUCAGGUGUUUGAUUUUGAACUGAGUAAAGAGGAUAUGAACACUAUUAUGGGCUUCAACAGGAACUGGAGAGGUUUUGCCAUGGAGUGGGCGACCAAACACAAAGACUUCCCUCUAAAUGCAGAGUAUUGA